GUCAGCAGUCCCAGUGGAGAGCUGCUGGAUUUCAGAGACCAGGACCAGGACCAGAACCAGAGCGGAAUGGAGGAGGAGCAGCAGAAGCCGGAGCAGCGGAGCAACAAGGUCCCCAGAAGAGCAGCAGCAGGCUCGGCCUCUGAUAGCAGCGGUGUUCAGAAACGGAGAAGAAGAGGGGGACUCAGACAUCACAGCUGUCAGCACUGUGGCAAGUCCUUCACAACAUCUGGAUAUUUAAAGAUUCAUCAGAGAGUUCACACUGGAGAGAAACCAUACAGCUGUGAACACUGUGGGGCAGCUUUCACACAGUUAAGUACGCUCAAACGUCAUCAACUCAUUCACACUGGAGAGAAGCCGUACAGCUGUGAGCAAUGUGGGGCAGCAUUCACACAUUUAAAUAGCUUAAAAUCCCACCGACGUGUUCACACUGGAGAGAAGCCGUUCUGGUGUGAACAAUGUGGGAAAACCUUUUCUCAGAGUGGUCACCUUAAAUCCCACCAACGCAUUCACACUGGAGAUAAACUGUACAGCUGUGAACAAUGCGGGGCAGCAUUCACACAGUUACAUAGCUUAAAUUCCCACCGACGUGUUCACACUGGAGAGAAGCCGUUCUGGUGUGAACAAUGUGGGAAAACUUUUUCUGAGAGUAGUAACCGUAAAAAACACCAACUCAUUCACACUGGAGAUAAACCAUACAGCUGUGACCAAUGCGGAGCAGCUUUCUCAGAGCUAUCUAAUUUAAAAUCCCACCGACGUGUUCACACUGGAGAGAAGCCGUUCUGGUGUGAACAAUGUGGGAAAACGUUUUCUCACAGUGGUAGCCUUAAAAGACACCAACGCAUUCACACUGCCCCCUCCUGAACAUUUUCUAAAGCCAAGCUGUUGUUGGAAAGGAGAGGGGGAACAGAUAGCGUGAGUCAAGAUGCUGUUUACUACCCAGAUAACAAAAGAGAGCAGUCAGAGCCCAAAGUAGCCGAGGUCCAGGACCACUGCAGGCAGGCACUAACCUGCUUGAUAAAUAUGGAAGAAGAACAAAGUGGGGAAUUUGUCAGAGCACAUAAUAUUGGGUAAAAAUAAAGAUGAGAAGUGAAAAUCAGUGUAGUUUAUAUAUGACUGUU